CCCUCUGUCGCACCUGUGCACAGCUUCAGAGGUAGGCCAUCCAAGAAAGCAAGGUAAAAAGCUCAAACACCAUAAAACCAAAACCAGAACCCAAACUCUUUUCUGAAGGGUGAAGCUGCAGAAACCAAACCAAAGGUAUAUCAAAAACUCAACCUUUUAAUUUAUGCUCAGUUUUAGCUAAAACCCACCAAGCCCCUACAGAUCCCCACUGAACUGCAAGGAAACUGCCAUGAUUUGAUCCAGCAAACCUACUCCAACAAAUGGGUUUUGGUUUUUCUUCAAAACCCUUCUUCAUUUUCCUCUGGUUUCUUGUCUUGUUUGCCAAUCUUAAACCUUCUCCACUAGUUGAAUCUGCUUCUGAUUAUACAACCCUGGUCUACAAAGGUUGUGCAAAGCAGGCUUUCACAGAUCCAGCUGGGAUAUACUCUCAGGCCCUGUCUGCCUUGUUUCAAACCUUGCUUUCACAGUCCAUGAAGGUAAGGUUUUUCAAGACAACAACAGGCACUGGUCAAACUACCAUUACGGGUCUUUUUCAAUGUAGGGGAGACCUCAGUAACAGUGAUUGUUACAACUGUGUCAGCCAGCUCCCGACUUUAACUGACAAACUUUGUGGCAAAACCGUAGCUUCAAGAAUCCAACUUUAUGGCUGCUACAUGUUGUAUGAAGUUGCUGGCUUUGCUCAAAUUUCUGGCAUGGAAAUGUUGUUCAAGACUUGUGGUGCUACAAAUGUUGCUGGAACUGGAUUUGAAGAGAGGAGGGAUACUGCCUUUUCAGUAUUGGAAAAUGGGGUGGUUAGCAGCCAUGGGUUUUAUACCACAAAUUACCAAUCUGUUUAUCUAUUGGGGCAAUGUGAAGGAGAUGUGGGAGAUUCAGAUUGUGGAGAUUGCAUAAAGAGUGCUGUUCAAAGAGCUCAGGUUGAAUGUGGGAGUUCCAUCUCAGGCCAAAUCUAUCUGCAUAAGUGCUUUAUUAGUUACAGUUAUUAUCCUAAUGGGGUUCCUAGAAGAUCUUCUUCUUCUUCUUAUUCACAUCCUUCUUCAUCUUCAUCAGGGACAGGGCAAAAUACUGGAAAGACAGUAGCUAUAAUAUUAGGAGGGGCAGCAGGAGUGGGAUUCCUUGUCAUAUUGUUGAUGUUUGCAAGGGGUGUGAUGAAGAAACAUGAUGAUCAUUGAAGGGGCCAGAGUUAAUUUAGAAGUGGAUUCAUUCCUUGUCUUGAAAUUUGAUAUGGGUUUUUUUUUUUGUGAGUGUAGUUGGUGAAGAAAGGGAGGCAGAUAAAAAGUGAGAAUUUACUGUUAUGGUUAGGUAAGAAUUUUGAGGGUUAGACAAGCAAUAGCCAUUGGGGAUGAAAAAUGUAAACAUUAAUUUUUUCAAAAAGUUGAAAAGAUGAUAUUACAAGGAACUAUAAGAGAAUUAAUGUAUUGUGAUCCUGAAUGAAUGAUAGAGGAGGAGAUUUUGAGCAAUGGGUUUUUGGCAAUUUGGCCAUAUGGGUGUUUUGUCUUCUUACUCUUCCAUUUUCUUCAUGUCUUUAUAUGCUUUUCA